AUGGCCCUUCCUGAGGGUGCAGAGAGAGCGACGAUUGCGGCGGGUUGCUUCUGGGGUGUUGAGCACAUGUACCGAAAGGACUUUGGCAGCAAAGGUCUGCUCGAUGCACGAGUGGGAUACAUCGGCGGCAACACGAAGGAUCCCAGCUACCGCGCCGUAUGCUCCGGUGCAACAGGACAUGCCGAAGCAUGCCAACUAGUCUUCGACCCGCAAAAGCUCACCUACCGCGAACUCAUCGAGUACUUCUACCGAAUGCACGAUCCGACGACCUCGAACCGUCAAGGCCCAGAUGUCGGCUCGCAAUACCGAAGCGGCGUCUUUUACCACAACGACGAGCAGAAAGCGGUCGCGGAGGAAGUGACGAAGAAAGCGAACGAGCAGUGGUGGAAGAACAGCAUCAGCACCGAGAUACUGCAGGCCGGCGAGUGGUGGGAUGCUGAGAAGUAUCAUCAGUUGUAUCUGGACAACAACCCAGGCGGGUAUGAGUGCCCAAGUCACUUUUUGAGGAAGUUCCCGCCGUUGCAGUAG